AUGGGUACAAUUGGGCACACAAUUUGUUGUCUUUCUUGGAAGAGCAAUCAGCUGAUAGUUCAUUCUGCACCAAGAAAGGGAUUGGGCUCAAGGAGAAAUUUGUGUGUCAAUGAAGAAAGUGAGGAACAAUUAGGCCUGCUUAAUAGGAGGGCUGCUAUGGUUACUGGGGUGUCUUUACUUUCAUCAGUAGUUUUCGAGUUUCCAGGAGAGGUGUUGGCAGUGGUGAAACAAGGUCCUUUAGCAGGGAGGAUUCCUGGCCUCUCCGAACCAAAUGAACAAGGUUGGAGGACAUAUCAAAGACCGGAAGAGAAGUCGGGAGGCCAUGGCGUUGGGUGGAGUCCCAUCAUCCCAUAUGCCUUCUCAGUUCCUCAAGACUGGGAAGAGGUUCCAGUGUCAAUUGCUGAUCUUGGAGGCACAGAGAUUGAUUUGAGAUUUGCUAGCCCAAAAGAAGGACGCCUUUUUGUAAUUGUUGCCCCUGUUCGAAGAUUUGCGGAUGAUAUUGGUGAUGACGCCACAAUAGAACGAAUAGGCCCUCCAGAGAUAGUAAUCAAUGCAUUCGGGCCAGAGGUAAUUGGUGAGAACGUAGAAGGAAAGGUGUUAAGCUCAGAAGUAGCAGAAUACUCAGGAAGAAAGUACUAUCAGUUCGAGUUAGAGCCACCUCAUGUACUAAUCACUGCAACUGCAGCCGGAAAUCGCCUCUACUUGUUCAGUGUAACUGCAAAUGGUCUUCAAUGGAAGAAGCACUAUAAGGAUUUGAAAAAGAUAGCUGAUUCUUUUCGAUUACUGAAGAUUUUGAGAGGACUUUUGACAGCUACAUGUUUUGACAGUGCUGUUCAAAUCCUAUUCUGUGUAUUUAGAUUAGUACUUGGCAAAAAGAUGGUGCCAGAACGGCCACCCGCUCCGCUCAGUGGAGCCCUGCCUGUUCCACCAUCAUUAAUGAGAUCAAAUUCCGAUUUGUUGAGUGGUCAAGGGAGUGGGAUGCCUUCGCAGACUGCAUUCCCGUCUUUGAUGUCACCUCGUAACCAGUUAAACAACAUCAACAUGUUGGGGAAUGCGCCCAACGUUUCAUCUUUGCUCCAGCAGUCAUUUAGUAAGGGGGUCCCGAAUUCUGGACUCUCUGUUCUUGGGAAGCGGCGGCUUAUUGAAAACGGGGCUGAAUCUGAUCCACUUUCCGGUGUAGCAAAUGGGGCAGGAUUUAAUCCGUCUCCAUAUGCGUCCGCGUCCAUAACUACUAACCCUAACUCAUCCGGUCAAGUUCAAGGGCAACAACAACAAUUCCCAAACCCUACUGGCAACCAAAUGUUGGCUGACCAGCUACACACUCAGCAACUUGAACCUCUAAAUUUUCAGCUUAAUCAGCAUCAGUUACAGCAAUUUUCUGUUCCUGGCAACCAACAUCAGCAGCCAUUUCAAACAACGCGAGCUGGACUAGGAGGUAUUGGACCUGUUAAGCUGGAGACACAUGCAAUGAAUGAUCAAACACGACAGCAGUUGCAAGGUUUGAGGAAUCUUGGUACUGUCAAAUUGGAACCUCAACAAAUACAAAAUAUGAGAAGCUUGGCGCCUGUCAAUAUGGAAUCCCAACAACCAGACCCAUCUUCGUUUGUAAAUAAGCAACAGCAGCAGCAGCUGCUCCUAUCAAGGCAGUCCCCUCAGGCUGCUGCAGCUGCACAGAUAUUCCAUCAACAGAGACUUAUGCAAAUCCAGCGACAGCAACAACAGCGAGCCUUAAAUGCUAUUCCUCAACAAAAAUCUCAGCUACAAGCGCAGUUUCAACCACAGAAUUUUUCUAUUAGGUCUCCGGUGAAGACGGUAUAUGAGCCUGGGAUGGGUGCGCAACGGCUAACACAUUAUAUGUAUCAACAGCAACAAAGACCUGAAGACAAUAACAUUGAGUUCUGGAGAAAAUUUGUUGCCGAAUUUUUUGCACCAAAUGCCAAGAAAAAAUGGUGCGUUUCAAUGUAUGCAAGUGGCCGCCAAACUACUGGAGUUUUAAAUCAGGACGUCUGGCACUGUGAAAUAUGCAACCGCAAGCCUGGUCGUGGAUAUGAGGCAACUGCUGAGGUUCUGCCUAGAUUGUUCAAAAUAAAAUUUGAAAGCGGUACCAUGGAAGAGCUACUCUAUGUUGAUAUGCCGAAGGAGUCUCAGAAUUCAUCUGGGCAAAUUGUUCUGGAUUACGCAAAAGCCAUUCAGGAGAGCGUAUUUGAGCAACUUCGUGUUGUUCGUGAUGGGCAACUUCGAAUCAUAUUCUCACCAGACCUCAAGAUAUGCUCCUGGGAGUUUUGUGCUCGACGUCAUGAAGAGCUGAUUCCUAAAAGAUUGCUGAUACCUCAGGUUAACCAACUCGGAGCUGCUGCGCAGAAGUACCAGACGGCUACUCAGAAUACGCCAUCUGACGUCUCUGUUUCGGAGCUUCAAAAUAACUGCAAUAUGUUUGUUGCUUCAGCUCGUGAGUUGGGCAAGGCCUUGGAAGUUCCGUUGGUAAAUGAUGUGGGGUAUACAAAGAGAUACGUGCGAUGCCUACAGAUAUCAGAAGUGGUAAAUAGCAUGAAAGAUUUAAUUGACUUCAGCAGUGAAUCUAGGUCUGGUCCUAUGGAGAGUUUGUCGAAGUAUCCUCGGCUGAAUCCUCCACGUGAUUUCCAGGGUGAACCUCAACAAUCAGGGGGCCACCUUCAGCAGCAACAGCAAAUAAUGGUUCAAAACUUGAACAAUAAUGGCUCUGUCCAGGCUGCUGCAAUGCAGCUUGCUUCUACCAAUGGUGGCAUGCCGAGAGUCAGUAACACUCUGAACUCAGUCCCGGCAAUAACUUCUGCUGGUACCAACAUUGGCCUUGUUCACCAAAACUCAAGGAACUCUAGACAGCAAAAUCCAAUGAAUACUGCAAACAGUCCUUAUGAAGACAAUAAUGUGCUGAUGCCAUCCACUGGUAAUUCCAAUACCAUGCCACAACCUCAAUCUAGUCCUGCCUUCCAAUCGCAAACUCUGCCGUCAUUCAAUAAUCCACUGCAACAAACUUCACAUCGUGGCUUAUCAGGAGGAGCACACAUGAACUCGAAUUCGCCUAACAUCUCAAUGCAGCAGCCAGCAGCUCUUUCUUGGGAUGCAGAUGCUAGUGAUUCACAAAGCUCUGUUCAAAAGAUUAUACAAGAAAUGAUGUCUUCCCAGCUUGGCGGAGGCAGCAUGAUGAACAUGAGGACUACGAGUAAUGAUGUGAAAAAUGUCAAUGGGCUGUCAUCAUCCAGCAAUAAUAGCGGUUUGAGUGGUAGGAACGGCGUUAUAGCGAACGGAGUGGCCAAUGGUAACCUAAAUAUUGGUGGUGCAGGCUUCGGAGCCAUGGGCAAUGGGCUUGGACAAUUUGAUAUGGUGAAUGGGAUUCAAGCAACGCUAGAGAAUACCUCUAUGAAUAUGAAUAGAAGAGCGGGCAUGGCGGUUGCCCGAGAGCAGAGCACGAAUCAGCCACAGCAGAACCUCGAUAAUGAGCUACUUGGUGGUCUUGGAGCUGCCAAUGGUUUCAAUGACCUUCAAUUCGAUUGGAAGCCAUCCCCCUGA